CCUGUCAAAGCGCCGGCUACGAGGCAGGAAGCAGUUCGAUUCAUUCCCAUUUCCAACUUUGUGUCGAGCACAUAUCCCAGUCGAAUAAAUAAAAGGCUGUAUUUAAUCAAUACCCAAAUCGCCGAUAAUGUCCAACUUCAAGGUCUUGCUGAUCUUCUGGUGUGCCGUGAUUAUGAUGCAGGUCCAGGGCCUGCGCAUCAAGAGCUCGAAUAUCUCUCUCCCGUCUGCGGAUGCGGUGGAUGCCACAACUGUGGGAUCCACUUUUGGAUCUUUGGUAGGACAGGACACAAUGGUGGGAGCUGAAGCAGGCAACGGCACAACUGCCACAGCUUUGGCAACAGCCGCCAGCACAGCCAAUCCUCCAGCCGCGGUCAAAGCAUCCACUCGCCAAGAGGCUGCCCAGGAUUCCGAUAGAGCUGGCGUCUCAGGAGCGCCUACAGUCACCACUACAGCAGACAGAGUGACUUACAUUUACGCACCUAUAGUCGAGGAGUCGCAACGAUUGGCGCCAUCGACAGCGUCUUUACUGUCCGAGUUGCAGCGCGCCAGGCGCCACUUGUCGCUGAUGAAUGAUGCUCCCUUAAUGGCUCGUUCGGACAAGCACGAACAGCCGCCUUUUGAGUACCAUAGCUUCUCGCCGGACGGCAAUCACGAGAUGAAAGAGUUUGAGCUGGUGUCCCCCAAUCUGAUGGCUGAGAACGUGCAGCAGGAACUCGACUAUGAACCGGAAAUGGUGCAACAGGAUAAUCAGCUCUUGAACGACCCAGAAAACGUUCUGCACGGCGGCCACAUUAUGACACCGUCUGAAUACUAUCAGAAAUACAAGUUUCCGGUGGCUAUGCCCCUGAGAUUCCACAUGUUGCAUCCAGACUCAAUGAUGGGGGCAGCCAUCAAGAUGCACCACAGCCGCAUAAUAUCACCGCUGUUUCAAUUCCUCAACGGCGCCUUGGACCAGGCGCUGCAGAACAAUCACGUUGCUAUCGACCAUCUCCUGGGUGAUCGUUUGGAGCUCGAGAUUGAUACCAAAAUGGGCAAUGACAACAAGAAGGAUAAGAAGAACAAGCGACAGGAUGUCUAUAAGAAGGACGAACUCAAGAAACUGUUCAAGAUCAAGCAAGCUGCUGAAGUCGCACCCAACCGCAAGGUGGACGAAAUCGUUUUCAGCUGUCCCAUCCACCAUGAGCACCAUGCCAAUGCCAAUGGCGAAAUAGUCAACGACGACGUUGUCUCCAUCGAAAAGUGCCAUGUUCUAUAGGUCUCUAGGUCAAAGUAUACCGGUAGGAUAUUAGGUUAAUAGGUCGCUAAGAUUUCGAUUUGUGCUUUUGGGGUCCAUUCAAAAUUUGUAGGUAUUAUUUUAGCAUUUGUUUUCUUUUUGGGGGUUUUUAGUUAAGUCAGGGAAUUAUUGCGUCAGUGUCAAAUUGUUCAAAUAUUUUUCCUUUUUUUUUUGCGGUUUUUUGUAUCAAAACUUUGAGAGCCAAAAAGUGAUGUGAGAUUAUACAUAUAGAUUGUAAGAAGAAUCAGUGUAUAGAAAGUUAAUAGAAAAUAAAAUCCACUUGGGCCCUC